AUGGAUAUCGCGACUGUGCCCGAGCCCGAGCUGAAUCGGGUGGCCACCGAGAAGGGCGAGGAUGACAACCGCAUCGAGCCCAUUCGGACAGUCAAGACACACCAAUCCGGGAACCUGCAGCGCACAGCCUCACGCCCGGCAAACGCGCUGCAGCGCUUCAUCACCCCCUCGACCUACCGGGAAGAGCCACCGCCCGACGGAGGUCUGAAGGCCUGGCUGCAGGUACUGGCUGGACACCUCACUCUAUUUUGCACUUGGGGCUACCUGAACUCGUGGGGGCUGUUCCAAGCCUACUACGUGGCCGAGUACAACCUGCCCGCGUCCACCGUGUCGUGGGUCGUCUCCAUCCAGAUCUUCAUGAUCAACUUGCUGGCCGGCUUCUCCGGCCGCCUCUUCGACGCCGGCCACUACCGCCCCACCGUCCUCUGCGGCAUGAUCUUCGAGGUCAUUGCCAUCAUGAUGACCUCCGUCUGCACCCGCUUCUGGCAGGUCUUCCUGGCCCAGGGCGUGUGCGGCGGCCUGGGCAUGGGCCUCGUCUGGUGCCCCACCAUAAGCUUGAUCUCGACCUACUUCGUGAAGCGCCGCGCCGUGGGCCUCGCCUUCUCGCUCGCCGGCUCCAGCACCGGCGGCGUCGUGUUCCCCGUGGUUUUCCAGCAGCUCAUGCCGCACCUCGGCUUCGGCUGGACCGUCAGGGUCAUGGGCUUCAUCGUGCUGGCUCUGUAUGCCGUUGUGCUCUCGCUUGCGCGCACCAGGAUCAAUCCCAGAGAGUCGGGCCCGUUUCUGGACCUUCAGUCCUUCAAAGAACCAUCUUAUUCGCUCUUCACCGUGGGAACCUUCCUCAUGCUGUGGAGUGUCUACAAUGCUUUCUUCUACGUAAACUCUUUUGCCCACGAGAUUAUCCACAUUCCUUCCUCCAAGUCCUUGACGCUGCUAUACCUCAUGAACGGCGUCUCCGUCAUCGGCAGAAUUGUUCCCGCGCUCUUCGCCGACCGCUUCUUCGGAUCCCUCAACACCUUCAUCUUCCUGACCGCCAUCGCGGGUAUCGUCAUGCUCUGCUGGACCGCCGUGGACAAUCUGGACGGGCUGAUGAUCUGGGCCGCCUUUUACGGCUUCUUCGGUUCCGGCCUGCAGGGCCUUUUCGGAGCGGCACUGGCAGGGCUGACCACCGACCUGAAGAAGAUGGGCGUACGCGUCGGCAUGGUGAUGAGCAUCGGCAGCAUCGCCGCGCUGACGGGCAGCCCGCUCGCCGGAGCACUGAUCGAGUACAACCACGGAAGCUACCGGGGCAUGCAGGUUUUUGGAGGAAGCUGUCUCGUCGGAGCCGCCUUCGUCAAUACCCUGGCCGCGCUCGCUGGUGCGGGCUACCUGCAGCGCCGCAAGACUUCGCAAGUCGACUUUGACGCCUCGGCUGCUCAGGAGGACGAGGGCGAGAAACAUUGA